GGUCUGGGUCAGAGUAAAUCCGCCUGUGUUCAGAGCGGAUCAUGCAGACGCGCAUCAGCGACUGAACCGCACAGGCUGCUGAGGAGCUCCGCACAUUCACUGCGCACCUGGCGCUUCAUUUGCGCACAGAAUAGAAAAAGAAAGAGAAAGAGAGAGAGUGGGAAGAUAAAGGUGGAAGAGGAGAAACUUGCCUACGGAUAUAAUGAGGGAAGCCUGGGGAAAUGACCCUGAUGGAGAGGAAAACCUGACGGGGAUGUGAACCGAUCCACAGACAUCAGUCUAAUCAGCAGUGUUUUCCACCAUGACGCCACGAGAGAUCACCAUCUCAACUCACCUGCUCCUCCAUUACCUCCUCCCCUUCACCCUCUGUCUUCUCCAGCCUCCCCACCACCAACCCGUGCACGUGCCCACCCUGGUCCCGCACGCACCGACACCUCUGACCCGCUCGCGCUUCAGCGCCGAGGCCCAGCUGGACUUCACCACCCGCUGCAACUCCAGCUGCUUCCACCGAGCCGAGCAGGAGGAGCAAAUGACGGACAAACUGGCCUUCGAGACGCUGUACGCGGACGGUUUCCGCACCCUCACCACAGUGGAGGUGGAGGAGGAUGAUGGUGAUGAUGAUGCUCUUCACCCGACUCACGCGCCCGCGUGGAGGCGGAGGAGACGAUUGAGGCGGAGGAUGAAGCGGCAGAUCUACGGAGCGGACGGGCGUUUUAACAUCCAGGGUGACGACUUCCUGAUGGAUUAUCCCUUCUCCACAGCGGUGCGCAUCUCCACCGGAUGCACGGGCGUCCUGGUGUCCCAGCAGCACGUCCUCACCGCGGCCCACUGCGUGCACGACGGGAAGGAUUACGUUCAUGGAGCCCGGAAGUUGAGGGUGGGCUUCCUGAUUCCUCCGUCCGUUAAUGGCACCAAAGCCGGGUUGAUUCCCAACAAGAAGCCCCUGGUCCGCUGGGUUCGGGUGAAGCGCACCCGGGUGCCGAAGGGCUGGAUCCAGGGCCCGCAGGAGGUCAGCAUGGACUUUGACUACGCCCUUUUGGAGCUGCGGUGGCCUCACCGGCGCCCCUUCAUGCGGCUCUCUGUAGCGCCCUCUUCGGACGAUCUGGCAGGGAACCGCAUCCACUUCUCCGGGUUCGACAGCGACCGUCCGGGGGAGCUGGUGUACCGGUUCUGUCCGGUGGAGGAGGAGUCGAGCGACCUGAUCUAUCAGCACUGCGACGCGCGGCCCGGGGCCAGCGGCUCCGGGGUGUACGGCCGGGUGUGGGACGUCGGCUUGGAGCGCUGGGAGAGGAAGGUGAUUGGGAUUUUCUCUGGACACCAGUGGCUGGAGAUCGACGGAGAGAACCGGGAUUACAACGUGGCUGUCCGCAUCACCCCGCUGAAGUUCGCCCAGAUCUGCUACUGGGUGCACGGAAACCGACUGGACUGCAGAAUUAUGAAUACCAAGAGAUGGAAGGAUGAAUGUAUAAACAGAAGAUGAUUUAUGGCUGACAGAAGGUAAAGCGAAUAAGUA